AUGGAAGCUGAAGACAUCAUUGCUUUCGAAAGCACCUGCCCCACAGCAGACGAACUAAAGAAAGCACGCGAGAAACUUCAGAAAGAUGUCGUUGACGUUAUUUCCUUUCGAGACUGCAUUGUCAGUGACAAAGAAUACAAGCAGAUGAUGCGAACCGUCGCCUUGUGCCGGAAGUUACGUCAUCUGAGUUUGAGUAUUGAUCAGGUCAUAGACACAUUUCGGGUUCAACAUUUAGCACGAGCGCUGCAGAAGAACUUUUCUCUGGUGGGAUUGCAUCUCUACGGCAACCCGAUCACAGACGCGCACCUGAUGAUGAUGCAGUCUGCCCUCUAUCAUCACCCCAGACUGGUUUGCCUCGAUCUCGGGGACUGUCACCUUGGCGACCAGGGGCUGGGUAUCUUGGCCGGUAUGCUGAAAGAUACACGGGAGAGACAUGGUCUACGUGAGCUCAUUCUCAGCCACAACACGCGCAUCACUUGCCAUGGCUGGAGACGGCUCGCAAUGUCACUGGCUUCCGGCUCAAGCCUCCGCACUCUGCACGUGGACUUCAACGUCAUCGGUGACGCAUGUGCGGCGAGCCUAGUUACGGCGUUGCCAGGGGCGACGUGUCUCGAAACGCUCGAUAUGGAGUGUACGGGAAUCACCGAUUUCAGCGGACAGCUAUUGCUUCGUUUACUGCAGCACUUUAAACUGAAACUGAAAGAAAUAAAUAUCGAGAAAAACCCGAAUAUCCUGGAGACAACAAAAGUGUUACUUAAAAGUCAAUUGAAUCACAUGACGAAAGCUGACAAUGACGUAAAUAAUUGUGUCAUAGGAUCCGAUGACGAGGACCGAUCUCUGACCACAUCCGAACCUCCGCUAGAAAACGCAUUUCAAGACUACGCACGUCGGCCUUCCUUUAACGUCAUUUACGUCAAUGAAGAAGAAUGCGGCGACGACUGUAACUUUAGCUUAGAAGACGACGACGUCAGUGAGGGGGCGGAUGAAACGAAUCGUUCGACGUUGUCAAUGAAUCGCCUAUCGGAGAUCAGUCAGUACGAACAACCGUCGCAGGACAGAAAGAAACGCAGGACAUUGGAGAACCUGAAGAAAUACGGUAAUGAAAUAGGAGAGUACGAAAAUACCACUGAUGUCGUCUACACAGCCACCGCAAGCGUGACGUCCCCGUCUAAAUGUAGUCGUGAAUUCCUGACAACGACAACGGACAGAUCAAGACCAACAUCGGCGCCAACUCGUAGACUGCACUGCAAAGAAUUGAAGUGCGACUACUCGAAUCUGAAAAGCUCCUCUCAGAAUAGUUUAAAUCAAAACCAGCUAGAGGCAAGAAGGGUGUCCGCGAAAAUGAGCGGAGAGUUGGCGUCGCAAAUACGCGUAAAGGCUGAAAUUGCGUCCGUGGCGGAAGUUUUUGACGCACGCAGCGAUGUGGCUGAGACCACGCUGCAAACGAAUUUCGCGACCAAGUCGUAUGGGGGAGUGGAUGACGAGAUGACAAUCGAAGAUGUGUGACGAUUUAUUUAACACAGCACAUGCAGUAAAGGGACAAGGUGAAAGUUUGGUUUGUUUUUCUCAUUUGGAUGUUAUGCGGAAUUUAUAUUCACAGCCUUUUAAAAAAGUUUUUAAGGCUUAAAUUCUUGUGACAUUAUUUUUGAAUCUGUGAUAAAAUAAUCCAUCUUGACCUCUAGUUCGAACCGUCGGUACUGUAGCGAAAGGCUAAACCUCAGCUAUUUCAAAUAUGUGUUGAAACGGAACAGAAACAGAUGAUAGGACUGUGUGAUGUUAUACAGUCAAAUAUUUUCAGACUCAUAUCGCCACAAGUUGAAAUGUAUUAACUUUCAUUGAUUUAUAGUCACGCGUGUAAAUUACAAAUGUAUUAAUAUAUAAAAAUUCGGGGUACUCCGCUUUGUUAGGAUACACUUUUGUAACUUUGCAAAGUGUAAUUUAUUGUUACAUUACUUGAUUUCACGAGGUUGUUUUCUUUUAGUCGCGUUUAACAAUUGUAAACCCAGAUGUUUAAACAAUACAUGACUGAAAUAUACCUGUGCUUGUCAUAAGCAAUACACAAAAUACUAUAGAAGUCUUAGACGUAAUAUCGCCGUAGAAAAGGUUUAAUCGAUUACCAGUAAUUACGUGUGUUAUAUCAAACAUGGUUUACAAAUUAACCGUAUAAAUAAGGUUAUUUUAAAGAAGAGAUAUUUACAAAUGCCAAUAACUACAGUCAUGUUAAAUGUUUAUGCUGUCUUAAUUUUUGUUUAAGUCAAACUAAGGGAAAUAUUAACAAUUCAGAAAUAUGUCUCUGAUUAUGUUUUUAGCUGUUUUUAGAAAAAUAAUUAACGUACCAUUUAUUUUUAACGAUGUUUGAACUAUGUUCUUGUGAAAAUGCAAUUCGAGAACUGUUUAUUUUUAGAAAAUAUAAUAAAAGAAAUGCCUGCUAAACAUGAAUGGACAACAAUUAUAACGGCCACCUUAUAUACGCUAUUAAACAGUUUUGAGUUUGUUGAUGUGUUGGUUUAAAUGUUGUUCAUAAAUAAUCUGAAUAUUAAAAAGGUUACUGUAGCACCUAAUUGUUAUCCAAGGAUACUGUCGUGGUUAAUAUCUUGUUUUAGUUAAGUACAAUUGCACACCAUCCCUGAAUCUCCUUCAGACUCACGUGUUAUGGCGGUUGUGGAUUGCGGCUCGACAUUCAUCAUUAGCAUGGAGGCUGAUGUCGUCAAUGUUUCGUCCCUGAACCAUGGAACUCUGGGGAGGAUGGAGCCACCGCAGAUACGGUGUGAAUGUGAAUAGUUCGUCUUCCAAUUUGUCUCGUCUGGCCUCGGCCACCACCAGCUGGACGACUAUCCCUGCCACUAGACCCGAUGGCUGACAUCAGUCGGCACACGAAUUGUGCACAAAACCAUAUAGAGCCUUCUUCUAUGUGGAACAACCAAGUACACAAGACUCGUUGGUUGCAAGCUACUAGCAGCUCUGUGUACUUUGCCUUGUUCCUCUCGUAUGCCUCCUCGCAUCUGGUUUCCCAAGGUACGGUUAACUUGAUCACAAUGAGCCGUUUCCCCGCCUCUAACCACAGCACGAUGUCGGGCCUGAUGUUUCUCUGUACAAUACGCGCUGAGUUCUGGUGCAGCCAUUUUCAUUCACUGUAAAUGUAAACGUAAUACCCGACGCCGCGUGCAAAUAAAUCGCAUCUGAUGGCCUUUUGCAACAUUCAGCACCUCCAACACAGUCACACAACUUUCGACGAUGAUGAUGACAAAACGGCGUCAACAACUUGACCUCAUCAUUAGUAUCGCAAAUCCAAGCUUUGAACUAUAGUGUAGUACCAUAAGAUGAGUGGACUGUUUUGUAGACAUGUUCAUGCAUAUUUAGUAGCAUACGAUGAGUUGACUGUUUUGUAGACAUGUCCAUGCAUAUUUAGUAGCAUACGAAGCGUGGACUGUUUUGUAGACAUGCCCAUGCAUAUUUAGUACCAUACGAUGAGUGGACUGUUUUGUAGACAUGUCCAUGCAUAUUUAGUACCAUACGAUGAGUGGACUGUUUUGUAGACAUGUCCAAGCAUAUUUAGUACCAUACGAUGAGUGGACUGUUUUGUAGACAUGUCCAUGCGUAGUUAGUACCAUACGACGAGUGGACUGUUUGUAGACAUGUUCAUGAAUAUUUGAUGGUGAUUGCAUGGUGCCCCUAUUGUGAGUGGACUAGUAGAUAGAAGUGUGCACAUUCCAUUGAAUCAAGUGUUUGCAGUCAUACAUUUGUAGUUUUGGUGUUGCACGUAUUUGAUUAUGUUUCCCACAGCCGUUAAACAAUUAGUUAUAUCAAGAAUAUUCAGUAAUAUAGAUGCUUAUAACGUAAAAUAUUACAAUAUUCUUUAAGGAAGGGAGUAAAGUGUAACGUAGUCUGUAAGACAAUCAACGUAAAUUGCAUCACUUGAUUUAUUUGUAAUCCAUAAAAUAUUUAAGACACGCAGAUUAAUGAUGAAAUAAUAUUUCUGUAAUAAUGUUCCAUGUAGAUAGCAGGAUAUGUUUGUAAUGUAUGUGUUGACUGAAAUGUGCUCGUAUUUUACAUGCCAUUGAUCUAUAUUGUUCAAAAUUGGCUUGACAGGAUAUGCCUGUAGCGAUAGAAUCUAUUAAUGUUAAAAGUGUGCGUCCAUGUAUUAAAUAAAUGAUGUUUUGUAAUUUGCUAUGUACAAUUGUCAUAAUUUACUAUAUUGCCAACAGUACAUUGUAUUAAUAUUUUAUUUGAUUUCCAUUUUUCACAAGCCAACAAACAAACUAGUUGGCUCAUUCGAGUACAGUGUGAGCCCUGCAAUACGCUACAUAUAUUUAUAGGUAUACAAGAACCAUAUGGUAAUGGUGUAUGGUCUUGCAACAUAUUAUAAUUAUUUCAACU